ACGUCCUGACUAUUGAACUUGAGAAAAAGGGCCGAAAGCCAUCUAAAACAACGAAGCCCGAGCGUCUAAACAGUACGACUCCAUCCAAGACAAAACCGGAGAAACGAAACUCAAAUUGGUCUAUUCCUGAGGGACAUGAAGUGGAAACCGAAGUUCCUCAAGCAAGGAAUCAAAAGGCCGCACCAAUCGAACUGAAGAAGGAAGAGAAGCCGCCGGAGAAAGUUGAAAAUCCCUAUUUUGAAACUGAAGAAUAUAAGUGUGAAGGAACGUUGAGACCAGCACCAAACUUUGACUGUAAUGCCGACUGCCAAAGCCUCCGAAAAGCCAUGAAAGGGCUGGGCACAGAUGAAAAGGCGAUAAUCAGCGUUCUGGCUCGUCGGUCAAUAAGUCAACGCCUGGACAUUGUCAAGCAAUUCAAGACUCUAUUUGGUCUCGAUCUAAUAGAUGAAUUAGACAGUGAAAUAAGUGGAAAAUUUUUCAAGGUGUGUCGCGCUCUCUGCCUUGAGCCAGAGGUUUUUGAUGCCGAAGAACUGAGGGAAGCUGUAGAAGGAAUUGGAACUGACGAGGACUGUCUUAUCGAAAUUAUCUGUUGUCGAACAAAUAAACAAAUACUGAAAAUCAAGGAAACUUACAGAAAACGUAAUUGCCUUUUCACUCAUAUUUACACUUACAGUUAUUUUGCUAUAGAUCCUUUAAGUUUAUAUCUAGAAAAGAAUUUGAAUGCCGAUACCUAUAGAUCACAUCAAGAAUUAAACAUGCACUGA